ACAAUAUCAACCCCAUCAUCCCUAUCAUCCUUCCUUACAUCUGUCAACCCAUCUUUAACUAGCUCCAUAAGUUUUGCGCCUUUUUAGCGCCUGGGACGAUUCUUCUCCGUUGCGAAUACCCUAACACAAACGACGCGCUUCACCGCACGCGACUGUCCGAGACUAGACAUAUCAUAUCCACUAUCACAUACAAAGCCCUAAGCUGUCGAAAUGGCUAUGAACGCGAUUCAGCUCGGUCUGCGACUGUGGGAGUUCCUAUGGACCCUGCUGGUCAUGGCCCUCAUUGGUAACAUGAUCGCGGGUGCAUUCAGCGGAAACCCUGCGACCGUCAAUUAUGCCAUGUUUGUUUCGGCAUUUUCCAUGUUCACACUGUUCUACUUGGUGCCGGCAACGAUUAAUAUCGACUGGGCGAUCCACCCGAUCAUCGUGAUCGUCGUGGAUACUCUCAAUGCGAUCUUCUUCCUUACGGCCGGUAUCGCAUUGGCAGCGAGGCUUGAGGCCCAUAGCUGCAGCAAUAACGAAUACACUCUCCACAACGAGGUAACCAACGGCUCCGUGCACCGUGAGAAGCGUUGUCGUGAGGCGCAGGCGUCGACUGCUUUCCUUUGGCUUGCCUGGGCUGGAUACACGGCUUCCAUCGCGCUUUCAACCCUGGCGGCCCGCCGAGCCGUCAGCCAUCGCCCUCGGGUGGGUCCUGCCCGUGGAGCCCGCCCGAGCAUGGCCCAGGUCUAAGGAGAGAAAUCAUGGGGAACAGAGAUCUACGGUUCCAGCUGUCCGGUAUCCCAUGAUCUUACCUGUGCAACUGCAUGAGUCAUAUAGCUUAUGUUUUAGUCAGUAAUCGUAUGACGUGACGUUGUCAACGCUUUGGAAACGCCGUCAAUUGAUGAACACAACCCAUCGUGUCUCGCGGUAAUAUGAAAAACGACUAUGCCAGCAAUUCUAUACUAAUUACAUACAUCUGUUAAUAAUACUCUACGGGUUCGUGAUGGAGUUGGGGGGCAGUAUAUGUAUAUCCACUCUAGCUCUGGGCAGGAAGCUAAGAGCGAAAUGGAUAUGGAGGAGAUGGA